GAUGCGUUCAAAAGCAUCACACGAUUUCAUCAAAACAAAAGAUUUUGCCGAGAACAUCGCAGAGAAAAGCGUUUUUCUUUUCCGUAGUUUGUCUCAGUGGUUCGCGCGCACUUUAGUUUAGCGAAUCGUUCUCCGUCUCAAAUCCUAGAAGGCCAUUUGGUUAAAGCGAUUGAAAUGGUGUGCGAAGGAGGAUUGGAGAAAGGCCCACAACAGAACCAACCGGAGGAAGAGAUGGACCAGGAGGAUAUUUGGAUUUUUGGCUACGGAUCUCUGGUGUGGAAGGCGGAUUUUCCCUUCAAGGAAAAGCGGACGGGUUAUAUAAAGGGUUUCCUGCGUCGGUUCUACCAGAACAGCAUUGACCACCGUGGCACACUCGAAAGGCCCGGCAGAGUGGUCACGCUGAUUCAUUCGGAAAACCCGGAAUCACGAGUGUGGGGCAUGGGUUACCGAAUCGCGGGCAAUGAAAAGGCUGACGUACUGCAGCAUCUGGAUCAUCGGGAAAAGAACGGCUACGAGCGACAUCGGGUCCAGUUUUACCCUUACCCGUGGAGUCCGGAACAGUUAAAUGAUCCGCAGCCGAUUCUGUUGUACGUCGCAACGCACGAUAACCCUUCGUUUGCCGGUCUCAACGAUACGCUCGAAGAGAUCGCCGAGCAAGCGCUCGGGGCAGUAGGCCAGAGUGGACGCAAUCCGGAGUACAUUUACAAGCUGGCGGAAGCCAUGCGCCAACUGUACCCGGGUGAGCAGGACGAACAUCUGUUCGAGCUUGAAAGGCUGCUUCUUAACCGUGAUCCCGUUAUGCUCGAGCGCAACAAACAGGAACCAGCAGCACCACCGGCGAACGAUGGCGACGCAAACCGAUCGGAACUGAGCAAAGAAGGGUAGUUGGGUUCAGGGUACUCCCAAAGGUGUGCUGCUGGCGGCACAGGUGGAUCCAAAUCGUUUGCUCCCGAGAGCCGUAUGGUCUACGAGACGGUAAAUCGUAAUUUUGUUUACAUUCGCUAGAUUUGUUUGUUUUACUUUUGUGUGUGAAGAGAGAAGAAAGCGAUAAUAAAUUUUAUAUUCAUUGAGCUCAA